AUCCAAGCCAUCAAAUCAAGGCCCCCCAAGAUCAUCCGCGACCACCUCGUCCCCAUGCCCUCCCACCUCCUCACCACCACCCUCGACGACCUCCUCCACACACCUUCAACAUCACCCUCACCAUCACCAUCAUCAUCACUCACCCUCUCAUCAACGAGGCAUCUCCCACAGGGCCACCACCUAGUCUACUUCCCCCUCCAAACACCCGCAUCGAAACUCGCCCCCGACGGCGCAGACAGAGACCACGCGCCCAACGAGGACUUCACCCGACGCCUCUGGGCAGGCGGCGAAGUGCGUUUCCAUCACAAUCCCGACAGCAGCAGCAGCAGCAAGGGGCUGGUGCUUGACGGACGGCCAUGGGUCUGCAGGGAAGAAAUCGACAAUGUGCGCGUCAAGGGAGAGGAGGAUCCCAGCAGUGAAAAGGUCUUUGUCGACGUAUGGAGGCGAUAUGCCCUCGGCCAUGACGAAAAUCCACAGAAGUGGGAUAUCGAGGAGCGCAGGACAUUAGUCUUUAUGCGCAAAUCGGAAUCUGGAGAUGAGCCUCGGGAUAUACCCAAAGGGCGGCUUGUCAAAUACGCCCACGCACCCACGCAUUCCGCAACAAUCACCCCAACACCAGCACACCUCUUCCACUUCUCGGCACUUACCUACAAUGCUCACGCCAUCCACCUCGAUCCGCAGUACGCGAGGUCGCAGGACGGACACCGCGCGCUGCUCGUCCACGGGCCGCUGUCUCUUGCGCUGAUGCUGCGCGUGCUCAACGACCACGUCGUCAAUCCCUCCUCCUCCUCCUCCUCCUCCUCCUCUCUUGCUUCAGGCGGCGGCGGCGGCGGCGGCGGCGGGAUGGUCAAGUCCAUUGUGUAUAGGAAUUUUGCGCCGUUGUAUGUAGGCGAGGAGAUGAAGGUCUGCGUGAAGCCGGCGAGGCGCGGUGCGGCCAGGAGUGUGCAGGAGGAAGAGGAGUGGGAUGUUUGGGUUGAAGGGCCGGAGGGGGGGUUGGCUGUCAAAGGGAGUGUGGUGGUGGCUGCGAAA